GUCAUUGUUAUUUGUGCAGCUCUAGGGCUAACAUCCGCUGGUGGAUAUGGCGGCGGAGUAGGCCAAAGCACCAGCCAUCGUCAGCAGGAUGGAUACGGCAACUAUAACUUUGGAUAUAAUAUUGCCGACCCUUACGGCGCUACCAAUCACAGGACAGAAUCGGGUGAUGGUUACGGAAAAACGGUGGGGUCCUACGGUCUAUCAGACAUCGACGGUCGAGUCCGGGUGGUUGAUUACGUUGCUGAUGGCCAUGGCUUCCGUGCCUGGAUUCAGACGAACGAACCUGGAACCGACAACCAGAACCCAGCUGAUGUGGAGAUCGUUGCCCAAGAAGCUCCUGCAGGAGUACAGCCGACCCUUACCAAGACUUUGAUCCCUGCUGCUCGCAGGUUGAUUGCUCGUCCUGUUCUCAAUAAGAGAGUAGCUCCAACCCUGUUAGGUCGCCCAAGACUGGGAGUGGUCAGUCCUAGAAUUGUUAAGACGGCCCCUAGCAUUCUUCAGUCUGCACCUCUUGGCCUGAGAGCUCCUGGUGUUGUACAAGCUGCACCUCUUGGCCUGAGAGCUCCUGGUGUUGUCCAAGCUUCAUCUCUUGGCCUAAGAGCUCCUGGUAUUGUCCAAGGUUCCUCUCUUGGCCUAAGAGCUCCUGGUGUUGUCCAAGCUUCAUCUCUUGGCCUGAGAGCUCCUGGUGUUGUCCAAGCUUCAUCUCUUGGCCUGAAAGCUCCUGGUAUUGUCCAAGGUUCUUCUCUUGGCCUAAGAGCUCCUGGUGUUGUCCAGGCUUCAUCUCUUGGUCUGGGAGCUCCUGGUGUUGUCCGAGCUUCAACUCUUGGCCUGAAAGCUCCUGGUAUUGUCCAAGGUUCCUCUCUUGGCCUAAGAGCUCCUGGUGUUGUCCAAGGUUCCUCUCUUGGCCUGAGAGCUCCUGGAAUUCUUCAGCUUUCUUCUCUUGGUUUGGGAGCUCCUGCCAUUGUCCAAGGUUCCUCUCUUGGCCUGAGAGCUCCCGGUAUUGUCCAAGGUUCCCCUCUUGGCCUUAGAGCUCCCGGUAUUGUCCAAGGUUCCCCUCUUGGCCUGAGAGCUCCUGGCAUUCUUCAGUCUUCCUCCCUUGGCCUGGCAGCGUCCAAAAUCAACAAGCUAGACCUUCCCUCCACUACUUUGUGGAAAAACGAGUAA